UGCAAUGUCAGUUUUGCAAUAGUAUUUUCCAUCUUUAAAAUCUAAAUUACAAAAUUUCCUACCAUCAUCAUUCUAACAGUGUUUAAAUCUCAAAACGUAAAAUGUGUGACCAAGAAUUCAGGACUCUUCGCUUCGAUCCCAGGUUUCCCAACCAGAAUCAGACAAAUGCAUGCUACAUGAACUACUGCGACUACUACCGCUGCAAGCGGUUGCUCGGUGACGUGGACGACUGCAAGAUCUUCAAGCGCUACUUUGAGACCAUAUGCCCCAACUUCUGGAUCGAACACUUCGAUGAAUUGCGGGAGAAGGGGGCGUUCCCGGGACGCAUAUAGUGCUUCUAUAUACACCUCUAACGUGUACCUAGUGUUAGAACUGUCGUCAUUAAUUUAAAUUUUUGUAACUAAUAAUGAAAUGAAAUUCAAAAUUGUUUUAAAU